CGGACCUCUGUUUCAAUCCUCGAAUUUAUUCCCACGACCCCCAACAACCCGCGACAAGGAAAGGCAGCACCAGCAGCACAGCCCGCUAUCCGUCGCUCGUCUGCAAAAAUGGCUGCUAUCAACAAGAUCGCCCUCAACUCGCCCUCGAGGCAGAACCCCUCCGAGCUGGAGAACGCGAUCGCCGGCGCUCUCUUCGACUUGGAGAGCAACACACAGGACCUGAAGGCCACCCUUCGUCCUCUGCAGUUCGUCUCUGCCCGUGAGGUUGAGGUCGGCCACGGCAAGAAGGCUGUCAUCAUCUUCGUCCCUGUCCCUCUCCUCCAGGGCUUCCACAAGAUCCAGCAGCGCCUGACCCGUGAGCUCGAGAAGAAGUUCUCCGACCGCCACGUCCUCUUCGUUGCUCAGCGCCGCAUCCUGCCCAAGCCCAAGCGCUCUGUCAACUCCCGCACCAACCAGAAGCAGAAGCGUCCCCGUUCCCGCACUCUGACUGCUGUCCACGACGCCAUCCUCGGCGACCUGGUCUACCCCGUUGAGAUCGUCGGCAAGCGCAUCCGCACCAAGGAGGACGGCAGCAAGACCCUCAAGGUCAUCCUGGAUGAGAAGGAGCGUGGUGGUGUUGACCACCGUCUCGAUGCCUACGGCGAGGUCUACCGCCGUUUGACCGGCCGCAACGUCGUCUUCGAGUUCCCCCAGAGCAGCGCCUCUGACUUCUAGAUGCCAAUUUUUUCUCCCUUAUGUCCUUUUAAAGUCUUCUAUAUUUUUCCUGUGA